AUGGCUACAACUACGGACACCGCGACCUCUACCCGACUCUCAGCUUCGUCUGGAAGACUGUUCUCCGAGGGCACAAGUGUGCACUACGGUGACUUCCGUGACGACCUCCUUCAGAAUGGUUAUGCCGUGAUCAAAGGCGCUGUUCCUCGUGAUCGGGCACUGAAAUAUGCGGACGAUAUCUAUGAGUGGCUGGAAGGCUUCAACCUUGGCUUCAAAAGAGAUGAUCCUUCAACUAUCCACAAAGAUCACCUCCCCGAAAUCAACGAGAAAGGAAUGUGCUUGGGGUACGCAGUCUCACACGAGUCGUUUGCAUGGGCCGUACGACAGGAGCCGGAGGUUAUCAAGGCUUUUGAAAAGGUCUACGACACCGAAGAUCUGAUCGUUUCGUUUGACUCAGUCAAUAUUGGAUUUCCAAACCGUACCGACAUCAAGCCCAAUAACCCAUGGCCCCAUCAGGACCAAGACCCCGAGAAGCCAGGUUUCCGUUGCUUGCAGGGGUUGGUGAAUUUGCUUCCAAAUGGACCCAAAGAUGGCGGGUUGAUCGUCUGCAAGGGAGCGCACUUGUUGUCAGAGGAAUUUCAUGAGGUUUUCAAGGAUGAGGAGAGGGUGUGGUCUUGGACAAAGGAGUGGUUCGGGUUUACUGAAGCCGGCCUGAAAUGGUUGAAAGACAAAGGUUGCCAGUGGAUCAAGGUCGAGGCAGAGCCUGGUGACCUGCUUCUCUGGGACUCACGCACUCCCCACUAUAACCUGUCUUCCGAGACGUCCCAGCCGCGCUUUUGCGUGUACACUUGCUACAUGCCGGUAGAGGAUGCGACCAAGGAGCAGCUGCAGGUCAAGAAGAUGGCCUUUGAGGAAACCAAAAUGACAACUCACUGGCCGAACGCGAUGCAUGUAGUUGAUCUGCCUGUCACCAGAAAUGGGGAGCCUGAUCCGUACCAGCGUUACAAGCCUCGUCAAGAGGUUCGACUUUCAGAGCGAGGAUUUAAGCUCACGGGUAUUCCUUAUCUCGAGCAGAUGGCAUGA